UCUUCUGUUAAGCAAGGGCUUCGAUGGAGUUGAAACGCAUAAAAGUAACGUGGGAUAAUCUCCCAAACCUUGCAAUAUCCAACAUCUUCUGCAAGUCCUCCAUUGAAGAUCGCCUCUUCAACCUUCCAUUCGUAUGCAAAUCAUGGGCCCACGUUUCUCGCGACCCUCGUUGCUGGGCCUCCAUGAUCGCCGACACUUACCCCCUCUCCGCCGAUGAUGCAUUCGUCAAAGCUUCAUUUCCGUACAGGUCCGCCUUUCCGGAUCCAUUCCGUGGCAGGCGUAGCGGCGGCGUCCUCCGCCUUCAAAUGCUCAUGGACAGAGCCGGCAGCGGAGCGGCCAUCACCUCUCUCUUCGUCUACCCCUUUCUCAAUUCCGUUGAUGGGCCUCACAAUGACGACACCGUUCUUACUCUGAUCGCCAGUCGAUGCCCUAACCUGAGAAACUUUUCAUUCCAUGGGUCUUACAAUGGUAGUGAAGGAGUGAUCCUGGAGCUGAUAGGGAGGUGCCGGAAAUUGGAGGUCAUUGACUUUUCCGAUUCACCCUACUUCAACCCUGCAGUUUUAGAAGCGGUGAAGCGAUGUUGCCCUGACAUUAGGGGGAUCAGAAGGAACGGGGAAGUUGAUAGCCAUUUCUCAACUCAUCUCGUCUCUUCUUCUUAUUCUUCUGGGUUUUCAGAUUUGAGGAUAAUUAACCUCUCAGAUUCAACAAUUGGGGACUUAGACCUGUUAAACAUACUGUGUAUGAAGAAGCUGCAAUACUUGGACAUCACACGCUGCCAAAAUCUGGUAAAGUACAUGGACCUCAUCAAGAGAGCUCAUGGUCGGAUACCUGAGAUUCGCUAUGACUGAGUAAGAGAGCUUGUGUAGGAUCAGUGAUUGUACAGAUGAUUUUUAGAAUUACGAUGCUCUUGAAGUGCUUUUGUGAAAACAGGAGCAAUAUGAGAUUAUGAUAUAAGCAGAUAUAAGAUUAUGAAAACAGCAUCAAUAUGCCUCUUUAAUUUGUUUCUCAAUUUUUUUUAUGAAUGCGUCUAAAUAAAGUCUCACUUCUAUAUAAUAACGACACUACAGUAUAGUGUUAAAACAUUAUACUUUACAAUAAAAUUUGUCCCUCUAUAAAAGAGACAAUUCAGAAAGCUAUGGAAAAAAAGUUAUUUCCUCAAUAUACGGCGGCCAUGGAUGACGUCCCUGAGCUUGGUAUGAGUUUGUGUUGAUGUUUGAUCGUUUAUAUAUUUGAUUUCAUUUGCUUUGAAUGUAAAUAUGCGUUUGUUCUUCACUAUUUGUGAUGUGCUUAUGUAAAGUGUAUAAUAUGUCGAUGUGUAUGUUCCAGUUGUCUGUGUGUUAUUAUAGAGUCUUAUUUCGGCUCA